AUGCAUCUUCAGCCACCCUCUGGGUCUGGUACGCCAGUUAUCAAUGGCACCAACGGGGUGAGCGAGGGCGAGGAUGCCUCGGGAGAUCCUCCCAAGAAAAUGGCCAUUAUCGGUAUGGCUUGUCGUCUACCGGGACAAGUGACGACCGCCGAUGAAUUCUGGGAUCUCUGCUCCAGAGGACGAAGUGCCUGGUCUCCGAUCCCGAAAGAACGAUUCAACGCCGAUGGCUUCUACCACCCUAAUCCGGACCGAGCUGGUUCGCUGAACCCGGCGGGCGCGCACUUUUUGCAGGAGGAUGUCGGACUCUUCGAUGCGCCAUUCUUUAAUAUUACGCUUCAAGAAGCGCGCACACUCGAUCCACAACAGCGGAUACUCCUCGAAUGUACCUACGAAGCGCUGGAAAAUGCCGGCAUCUCAAAUCGAUCGAUUGCCGGGACGGACGUGGGAGUAUUUGUCGGCUCGUCAUUUGCCGACUACGAGCUCAACAAUACACGCGACAUGGAAGCCGCCGCAAUGUAUGCAGCAACAGGAACCGCGACUGCGCUGCAGUCAAAUCGCAUAUCAUAUUACUUCGAUCUUCAUGGGCCAAGUCUCACGAUCGACACAGCGUGCUCAUCUAGCUUGACGGCUCUUCAUCUUGCAAGCCAAAGCAUCAAAAACGGAGAGUGUUCAAUUGCAAUUGUGGCAGGGUGCCAUCUGAAUCUGAUCCCAGAGUCAUUCAUCUCCAUGACACGGGCUAGGUUGUUGGCAGAAUCAGGCAAGUCAUACGCAUUCGACUCGAGAGGAACAGGUUUUGGCCGCGGUGAAGGUGCGGCGUGUAUCAUUUUGAAGUCCUUGGAGGAUGCGGAAGCUGCAAACGAUGCUAUCAGAUCUGUGAUCGUGAAUAGCGGAGUCAAUCAGGAUGGCCGGACGAGAGGUAUCUCGAUGCCGAGUGGUGCAGCUCAGGAAGCUUUAAUUCGCCAAGUCUACAAAUCAGCAAGAAUAGACCCUUCCCUAGUUGGCUAUGUUGAAGCGCAUGGAACAGGAACAAAGGUUGGGGAUCCUAUUGAGGCGACCGCCCUGAACGCAGUGUUUGGGAAAGGCAGGACUUCACGGCAGCCGCUACUUGUGGGCUCUGUUAAGUCCAAUAUCGGGCAUUUGGAAGGUUCAAGCGGGCUUGUCUCGGUAAUCAAGACAGCAUUGAUGCUUGAACGAGGAUUUGUGUUGCCGAAUUGCAAUUUCGAGACAGCCAAUGCCGAGAUACCUAUGGAGAAAUGGAACAUGAAGAUACCAAGGAAGUUGCAGGCUUGGCCUCGGGGUCAAUUAUAUGCCAGUGUGAAUAAUUUCGGGUUCGGCGGAACCAAUGCUCACAUUAUCAUGGAGCGUGGGCCUAGACAUGAGGGUGAAGGCACUGACAACAAGGAUCCUUUGACCCGAAAGCUCUACGUUGUAUCAGGCUAUGACAAGCAAGCUGUAGUCCAGAUGGCGAAAGGAGUCGGGGCUUACCUUGACCUCCAUCCGCCCAUGUUUGCCGACACAUUAAUGGACAAAUUGGCCUAUACCCUUGGGGAACGAAGAAGCUUUUUCCCCUGGCGUCUAGCUGCUACUUCCCCCUCUCAUCAUGACUUGAUCGCUGCCUUUUACAACAACGCGGACCCCGUUCGAUCUUCACGGGAGCCAUCAAUUGGAUUUGUAUUCACCGGACAGGGGGCUCAAUGGCAAGGCAUGGGAAAAGAGCUUCUGGACACCUACCCAAUCUUCAAUGCGACUAUGAGAGCUGUCGAUAGCUGUUUGAAAUCCCUCGGAGCUGCGUUCUCGAUCAUCGAUGAAAUACGACUAACUGAUCCCCAAAAGGGCUCUAUGUCUGCGGCCUACAUGAGUCAACCGGCCUGUACAGGCAUUCAACUUGCACUUGUGGAUCUUUUGUCGUCGUGGAAUAUUCACCCCAAAGCUGUUGUUGGUCAUUCCAGUGGAGAGAUCGCUGCGGCAUAUGCUGCGGGGAUUUUAUCUGUCGAGGAAUGUGUCCGGAUCGCCUACUACCGUGGCGUGGCCGCAAAUAUGCUAGCAAAGGAUGAGACGGUGCAAGGGGCUAUGCUGGCGGUCGGUGCGAGUGCAGGCGAAAUCCAACAAAUCUUGAAUGCGAUACGUGGCCAACGGGCUGUGAUCGCCUGUGUGAACAGCGGCUCCAGCGUGACUCUUUCUGGAGACCGAGAUGUCAUCAGCGACCUUCAAAUGGCUCUCGACAAGGAAGGAAUCUUUACUCGACAACUUCAUGUCGAUGUUGCGUACCAUUCCCACCACAUGAUGAAGGUCGCAGAACAGUAUCAGUCGCUUCUUGGGGAGAUCGCACCUCGAAAUUCGGAGAUUCCGUUCCACUCUACAGUGCGCGGGAAGCAAGUCACUGGGAGUUCACUUGAUGCUUCAUACUGGGUCGCUAAUCUUGUAUCACGAGUGGAAUUCGUCAAAGGUGUUCAAAGUCUUCUCAAUGCUGAGAUAUCGAACGAACAGAUUAAUACUUUGGUUGAGAUUGGGCCUCAUCCUGCCCUCCAGACACCUGUGAAGGAUAUUGCCCGAUUGCAUGCUCCUGAUAGAGCGCUUCAAUUCGGUCAUACUCUCAAUAGAAAGCUUGAUGCGAUUGAGGCUGUUCAGCAGCUCGCAGCGUCAUUGUUCAUGCAAGGCAUGACGACGCUCAAUUUUCAAGCAAUCAAUUUCCCUAACAUGGUCAUAACGAAGAGAAAACCCAACGUCCUCAUAAACCUACCUUCUUAUCCAUGGAAUCAUUCAGAGAAGUAUUGGUUCAGUUCAAGAUUAUGUGACAAUCUGUUUCACCGGCAAUUCCCGCGCAAUGACUUGCUCGGUUCGCUGUGCAUGGAAAAUAUGGACCUAGAGCCUCGAUGGAGGAACAUAAUUCGCGCAGAUGACCAACCAUGGGUCCGUCAACACCGGGUUCAUGGGACUACUAUCUAUCCUAUGACCGGAUUCAUAGCCAUGGCAAUGGAAGCGAUAUCACAACAGGCGCAAUUGCAUCAUCUGGCUCCUGCGCGAAUUGAACUUCGCGAUAUUCAUAUCGACCGUGUUCUCACAAUCCCUGAAAACUCUGGAAUAGAGACUAUGCUCAGUCUAAGACCUUGUCGAAGUGAGGCUCCGGGAAGAUCGAUACUCGGCUGGCAUGAGUUCCGCAUCUUCUCUUGGGCCGAAGGCCGAUCAUGGGAUCAGCAUUGUAAGGGCUUCGUGAUGAUAGAAGAGUCUAAAGAAGUGAAUCCCGUCGAUGGAAUCCGGCAACGCAUUGCGAUCGAUCAAAGCAUUGCACGGAGAGUAAAAGCCAACCGCGAUGCAUGUAUCAGACCUGUUGACAGCAAAGCACUUUAUGAGAAUAUUGCCGCCGGGGGUGUGGAUUACGGUCCUCUUUUCCAGGGUCUCUCUGAUAUCACGGUAGGCCCAAAUAAGCAAGCAAAUGCCAGCUUUUGCAUACCUAACACCAAGACUUGCAUGCCGCAAGAGUACGAGACUGGACAUAUUCUUCACCCUUCGACCCUUGACAUUUUCUGCCAGGUAAUGUGGGUUCUUCAAGGCUAUGGGCAGCCCGGAAUUAAGACAACCUACGUACCUUCGCAUGUUAAGAGGCUCUCCGUAUCCCUAGAUGAGAGCUUCACCACUGGCACCAAAAUGGAAAUUUCGGGGUACAUGUCAGGUUUCGAGUCCGCGAGUAACCCUGAGAGCAAUUCCAUUCUUGCAACCCUUCCAGAGAGGGCUGAUCGUUUGGUAAUUGAGCUUCAUGGAAUGACUUUGGUGCCCGUCUCUAAUGACAUCAAAGGACACAAGGAAAAUGCUCCUGACCCCAUCUGCUAUAAGCUUCACUGGGAACCCUGCUUUGACUUUCUAUCAGAGGAGAUGUAUCGUCAACUUCCACGCAUUGAAACUGGAGAUGGUCGAGGGGAUGAAAGAAUGCACAUGGUGGACUCGGUAGCAGAGCAUUACCUGCGUCAGGUACUCCGCUCUGUUCCCGAAGAGGAGAUCUCAACCUUCGAGCCUCAUCACCAACAGUUUUAUCGCUGGGCCCAACGCACCUGCCAAAGCUCCAUCACGACAGAUGAUCUAAAUCCGGAAAUAAUUGAACGGACAAGGCGUUUCACUGGCGCUGGUGAAUUGACUUGUGCCGUUGGCAAGCUUCUCCCCGACAUACUCAGAGGAAAGGUUGAUGCUUUGACGGUCUUGCUCGAGGACGAUAUGCUUAGCAAGUACUAUGAACAUGUUGAUAGCGUGCGUGAAUCAUACGCAAACGCCUCCAUUUGUAUUGACAAAAUGGCCCACCAAUUCCCUGAGAUGAACAUACUUGAAAUUGGAGCAGGAACUGGGGGAGCUACCUUGCCGAUUCUUCAAAGCCUGGGUGGGCAUGAAGCAGGGUCAACGCCGCGUUUUUCCCACUAUACGUAUACCGAUAUUUCUCCAGGUUUCUUUGAGAAGGCGAAGGCCAAAUUUGCCAGCUGGGGUCAUUUGAUGAAGUACCAGACUCUCGAUAUUUCAACUGAUCCAACUGCCCAGGGAUGUAUAGCCGGUAGCUUUGACCUGGUUAUUGCGUGCAAUGUUCUCCAUGCCACCUCUGACAUCAACCAAACCAUGAAAAACAUUCGAUCUCUUUUAACCCCCGGUGGCAAACUCAUGCUUAUCGAAGAGACCAACCCUCGACCAAGACAUUUCCCAUUCGCGCUGCUACCUGGUUGGUGGCUGGCAAAUGAUACGAUUCGAAAAGAGGGACCUCUCCUUACCAAAAACGGAUGGAAUGAUGUGAUGAAUAGCAACGGUUUCUCUGGGAUUGACAUAUGCCUUGAAGAGUUUCCUGGUGCUGUCCACCAGGCAGGUUGCUUGAUGAUCACCACUGCAAACGCCACCAAAGUGGGCCCAACAAGCCCCGGAGAUAUUGUCAUCAUUGGGACGGAAAUCCUUGGUAGUCUGUCCCUCCUCAGUCUUGAAUCGGGCUUGAAAGAAAUGACCGGUGUUGCUCCUGUGACUAUGACAGAAAUGGACAACACUGAUUUGUCUGGAAAAUGGUGUGUCUUCCUGGAAGGCAUGGAUCAGUCUGUGCUUUCAAGUCUCACACCAGAGAGGUUUCAAGAGAUCCAAAAGCUGGUCAGUCAAACAAGAGGGCUUCUGUGGCCGGUCCGACACACCAAAUCUGAUCCUCAUUCUCUGGGGGCCAACAUGGUUAUUGGCCUAGCGCGCACCGUUCGAUCAGAAACUGGGCUGCAAUUUGCUACGCUAGAUUUGGGUGCUAAAGAGGGCAUUUCUGAUGCUGAAGCUGUGGCUCAAAUGCUCAAGGUCUUCGACAGAGUCUUUUGUCGGAAAUCUGUGCUCACGGAUGGCGAUAUGGAAUUUGUCAUUCGCGAUGGAUAUGUCUCUGUUCCUCGUUUGAUUGAUAACCAUGUCCUCAAUCGAAGUGUCCAACUAGAGACUUCGGAUGAUGCGCCACCACAAAUGCAACUGUUCAAGCAGACCCGUGCAUUGAAGCUCACCACAGGAGAUAGUCGGGUGCUUGAUGAGUUAUAUUUCACGGACGAUUCUUCCUAUAAUGAUACUCUACCCGAGGAUUAUAUCGAGAUCCGAGUUUCCUGCACGGGCCUCAAUUUCAGAGACGUGCUCAUGGCAAUGGGUCAACUUCGUGGUGAUAAGCUUGGCCAAGAGUGCAGUGGAAUUGUUACCCGUGUUGGCGCUGCAGUAUAUAACUUUGCAACCGGAGAUCGGGUCUGUGCUAUGUCUCCCGGGUCGCUGUCAACCUUUACUCGCUGUUCGGCGUCGUGUGCCUGGAUAAUCCCCGAUAGUAUGUCCUUUGAGAUUGCCGCAUCCAUUCCUGCUGUAUUCUGCACCGCCUAUUAUUCACUAAUCGACCUGGGUCGAUUGAGCCGCGAUGAGACUGUUCUGAUCCACGCGGCAGCAGGCGGUGUCGGACAAGCUGCCAUAAUCAUCGCGCAGAAGGUUGGGGCAAAGAUAUUCGCCACGGUUGGAAGUUCAGAAAAGAAGAAGUUCUUGAUGGAAACCUACGGGCUGAAUGACGACCAGCUUUUCUUUAGUCGUGACACUUCUUUUGCCAAAGGCAUCAUGGAAGCCACGGAUGGUGAGGGUGUAGAUGUUGCCCUGAACUCCUUGAGCGGUGACGCUCUUCAGGCGACAUUUGAAUGUGUUGCCCCUUUUGGAAGAUUUAUCGAACUUGGAAAGCGUGACAUUACGCAAAACUCUGGCCUUGAAAUGUCCCAUUUUAACCAGAAUGUGUCAUUUUCAUCGGUGGACCUGGGCAUGGUCCGGGAAAAGCGUCCAAAAUUGACAAGACGAUUGCUCCGUGACUCGUUCCAGCUAUUUAUCGACUCCAACGCGCAAAAUCGUUGGACUGUCACAUCUCUUCCAAUCUCGGAUGUCGAGAACGGCUUCCGCGCAUUGCAAGGUGGUCAGGUCAUUGGAAAGAUUGUUGUUCAAAUGACAGACAAUGCCAUGGUCAAGGUUCACCCAGCAAGAAAGGAUGAGUCCCUUCUCGAAGAAAACGCAACGUAUAUCAUCGUCGGAGGGACGAGUGGUAUUGGUCUCGAUAUUGCCAGCUGGAUGCCACAAAAAGGGGCACGGCAUCUUGUCCUUAUCUCCAGAAGUGGUGCUGGAACUGAAUUUUCUCAGAGAAUCGUUCAAACUCUUAUGAAUGAGGGAGUCACAGUGGAAAUUUGUCGCAGUGAUAUUUCAGACAAGGAAAGUGUCGAUAAGAACUUGACUCCGCUAUUAUCUCGCAUGCCUCCAGUGCGCGGGGUGAUAUUUGGAGCAAUGGUUCUGAGAGACACUCUAUUUGAAAAAAUUAGCUUCGAUGAUUAUGCAACUGUUAUGAGGCCUCGGGUGCACGGUAUUUGGAACCUACAGCGCACGUUGAACAACACGAAAAAUGAGAACUUGGACUUCUUUAUUAAUCUGUCUUCUGCUGCAAGUUUUGUAGGCAACAUGGGACAGUCGCCCUACGCAGCAAGCGGAACGUUCAUGUCAGCAUUAACGCAAUACCCAGAGGUUUCCAAAAUUCCAUUCACGACAAUUGACCUACCCAUUGUGCGAGGUGUUGGCUACUUAGCUGACGACCAGAAACGUGCCCAAAUUUCUGCUCAGCUUGGAACAAAGUCCGUGGAUGCGAAUGACAUUCGUGGCCUUGUCACAGUUGCAAUUCGAAGGGAGAUGCGAGACACUUGCGACGAUCAUUGCGUUGUUGGAUUUGAUGGCGUGAAAACACAACCCAUCACAGAACAGCCAUUCUGGGUACAUGAUACCAAAUUAGCUCAAUUGCUUCGCUUAUCCACACUUGCCAGUGCUGCUUCUCUUGCCGAGAGCGGUCCACAAGCCGGUGCAGCGAUAUCUCCUGCAACUGCCAUUAAACGGUCCAGAGAUUAUCAGGCGGCCCAAGCAGUUGUCGUUACUGCAUUUCUGGAUAAGAUAUCCAGCAUUCUUAUGCGACCAUUCGAGGAGCUGGAUCCUGCUGCGCCGAUUUCUGUCUAUGGAUUGGACUCGCUGGUAGCAAUUGAGAUUAGAAACUGGAUCACACGAGAACUGGAGACCAAUCUCCAGAUCCUCGAAAUUCUCACCAGUGAUUCGGUAUAUUCACUCGCAGAACAUAUUUUGAAGAAAUCCGGUAUCCUCACUCAGGAGGUGAAAAAGGAUUGGGCCCUUGAAUGA